AUGGAUUCCCCACCCACUGUACCACCCACGGUUCAACCGUAUUCCCCAGAGCAAGCGAUGGAUCAACCGACGUACCUCCCGGGUCAGUAUCCAGUGGUAACUCAACAACCGGCACCGCAAGUACAACAGACUAGCCAUACCACUGUACUGGUGAAUCAGCAACCAGUAGUGGUGCAACAGGCACCACGGAAUUGGAGCUCUGGAUUGUGUGGUUGCUUUGAGGACUGUGGCUCUCGUAAGUAUUCUUUAAGCGACACUCAAAUGAGUAAAUGUGGCGUUAAUAAUAGUAACUAAUUCACAUUCGCGUUAAAGCCAGCCUAUGCCUUUUGAUGGAUAAGUUAUGGGUGAAAACUUUUGCAUAGGGCAUAGGGUGGGCUGAUAGAGAAAAUUUGCCAGCGCCGCUGAAGCGGCCUAGGGUGGGGAAACUUGCUUGUCCGUUGUAGAGUAGACUUGCGAGAAGACGGCGAAUUUGUUUGCUAGAGCGUAUAAAAGGCCUAGGGAAUUUCCCUGUGUACCGUAAAGGACCAAUAGACUGCUUUACAAGGGAGCACGCAGUAAUCUAGUUGAUUAAAUCGUCAAGCGGCGGCUUUUACACGAAUGAGAAUAGUUAUAACUUUAUUUAUUAAGUGUUAGUAUUUCUUGCUCGAAUGUACUCAUUGAGGGCAGUAUUCAGUCACGUAUCCUAAUGGAUACGGCUCCGCCAUUUUUACGUGGUCAUCCUAGUCACGCGAAGCGGUUUAUCCGUUUCGAAACCAUAGACAAUACGUUCUUACUCAGUUUUCUUAAGACCCCAAGUAUUGGUCUGGAUCCGGAAAUCGAAUCCGCGACUUCCCACUCUGCAAACAAACGCUGUUCCACCUGAGCUAACCCAGCCACGUGUAUUUUAUUUUGUUUGUGUUUCAAGUGUGUAUGGGCCUUUUCUGUCCUUACUUCCUGCUGGCUGAUGUUUCGACCAGGAUGGGCGAAGGAUGUUGCUUUCCUUGUUGUUGCCCAUAUACUGCACUGUUGGGACUCAGGAUCAAGCUGAGAGUGCAGGAGAAUAUUCAGGUAUUCGACAGACAUUAAGAGCUUAAAAAACAACCUCGUUCUAGGGGACUAGUUUCAGUUCUUUAAGGAGCUUUGCCCCACAUUUAUGACUGAAGUUAAAUCAAGCCAUUUAAUAAAAAGAUGCCACCAAAAUGAAUUGAAUGAUAAAUGAAAAUAACCAAUCCGGCCAUCAAAAUAGUAAAAGAACGUUUAAACAACACUGCAGAUAACUUUUUUUACGGCACUCAUAUUGUUAAGCACUGUGCAAACCUGAGAAACCACCUUACUAAGCUCUAAAUUUUAUGUUUUAGGCUUUAAGGCGCUCUAGUGAAAAGCGUUCUUGAAGCUUAUGUGACUAUCUGUUGGCUUAGGGGACGGAAAACGUAUAAUGAUCGUAAUUUUUUAUGAGAGUCCGUUAAACUACAUUACGGGAGCAGUCUGAUUUUCUAGCCACCACUGCAAAAUUGUGGCAAUAUAACUUUUCUUUAAUAUAUUUGUUAAUUAUCGCCUCGACCGCACCUUCAAACUUUCCAAGAACCUUAACCUUGAAUGGAGGUAACGAUGGCCAAUUUUCAUGAAGAAAAAAAUUAUAAUAAAUAGUAUAAAGUUCUACGUUUUCCCCCCAUUUUUUAUCGGAUUAAGAUAAUAGAGUUUUCUAAUAUAUAGAUUUUGCCAGGGCUAAAAGCAAAGCUCUUGUUAAUAUCUAUAGUUUACUCAAACAAAAUAUAUAAUCGUGUAAUGCGAAGCGGCAACGGCAACAAAAAUAGCCCCCCAAAAGUCAGUUCUCAUAAGCAAAAAAAACAACUUUGCACGUUUGUCUAUUAGCAAAAAAAAAACUUUGCACGUGCAGCAAACCUUUUUUUUUACAUUUCUUUGCCAUUGUUUUACACUACUACAACGUGAAACUUCCAGAAACAUCCUAGUUUCCCCCUUUUUUCUAGCAAAUGUUGUACGGUGUUCCUCCUGUUCACUUUUCUUUUCAAUGCCACUCAUUUUCACUUUUAUGGGCGCUAGCACAGCAUUUCUCAUUUUCUCACCGCUGCUAUAAAGUUAUCAUGUUAUUCUUCCAGCGUAAUUGGUCUCCUUUGAUUGUUAUCUCUUGCUUUUUCUGUUAUUAAUGUAGACAUUGAAAUUAAGUCGAAAGAAAGAAUCGGCUUUGUUGUUGUUGUUGUUUUUUCAUCUCAAAAUUUCCGGGUGAGUAUGCAAUAUACCGCCGAAACGCGCGGGUACUUCAGCGAUAACAUACUCCUCCUCACGACGGGCUGACUCCUGACUCCCUUACCCCCUCCCUCAGCGUCUGUACGGACGUACUCGCGUACGGUCACGUUAUAACCAAAAUUUCUCGGAUGGAUGGUUUACCAAAUUUUCUAAGGUAUGGGGCUACGCUUGCGUACGCGAAGCGCGCGCUUAGAGCUCCGCUAUAAGAGAAUACUGAGAGAAUACCAAAAACUUGCUUCCUGCAACUGCAAAAGUUGCGUCUACAACUGCGAUAAUCUUCUUUCAUUUAAUUCUUCACCCCACAUUUCCUGUAUAUGAUUUUCAUAUAAUCAUUAUUUCAAUACCAAAAACAGAAUAAUUCACCCAUGACUGACUUCAUUUCAUCCAAUUGCAGGGCUCCAAUUGUGACGAUUACUCUACGGUUGAGUGUUGUCCACUUUGUGUUCUCUGUCAGCUGGCCCGUGAGCUUAAUCAUGUGCAACGCCGCGGUUAACUCCUACCAAGCUGAUAUCUAUAAGAAACGCCAGCUUUGUUUGCAAGAGUUAUCGUCUCCAUGGAAAGAAAAUUGUGGGAUUUAGAGUAGUUAGAGCGUUUCUCGUUCAGUUUUUUUAUGUUUUUGUAGAAGAUGCUGGGGUAGUAUAAUGCCAUGCUGUAUAGUGAGUAUAGCUAGUAGAGCUAAAAUUGCAGUGAGUAAAACAAAAAGUUCACAAUUGCUUUCGUUUGUAUUUCGUGUAUAACAGAAAAGCAUAGACUCGGUACCCUUUAUCGUGCACAUAGCCUGCGUAGCAAUCGUUUUCAUUUGGUUACGGAGCAAACAAAGACAAAGGAAAGUGAGUUUCGGCUUUGAGGGAGCGAGAAAUGGAACGAGAGUAAAAAAAUGCGCCAUUUUUCGCACGGUCUUUGACUCUUGUUCCUCGUUCUUUGCUCCGAAACAGCACGGAAACGCUUGCUAUGGAGGCUAUCGUGCACAGUACUCUGUGGCUUCUUUCGCUCUUCAACUGCAAUAGGCUAUGGUCGCACCAGUCUCAUUUCAUUACCGCUCACACGAGAACGAUGUGUAGCCGUUUACAUGAAACGUGAGUAAAUACCCAGCUCCACUAGAAACAAAUCAUUUGUUUACGCUGAACUACCAAAAGGAAAGCGAUUUAAUGAGGGUUUCUGUCACUUGUGUGUUGGUUAGUUUUUGUUUUUCCCUUGAAAAUAGUGCCAUUUUUCGGUUUUGAGUAUCGAUCAAUUUUCGUUUGUCUCUCUGGGCGGCAGCCAAUCAGCCUAUGGCAAACAAAUCAAUUUUACCAAGACCAAGCACGCAUCUGUUACCCUUCCCAAAGAGAUUGAUUUACAACUGCAAUGUAUGCUGUACUAACCUGAGAUCAGGCUCAAUUUUAGCGAAACGAAAAUAGAGCCUGAUCUCAGGUUACAGCUCCCCGCGGGGAGCUUGUGUGACUCCUGCCCGAGUCGCUGCACGAGGGAGAAUAGCUGUACAGCGGACGUUCAAAUGAUCCAAUAUGGCGGUGAGGUCUCGUCGUGUCGAUAUGUAUAGUUGAUUCAUCUGAAUUACCAAGCCCAAAAAUCCUGUAUGAAUUAAAAGAUGCAGGCAAGAGCUGUUGUGCUGAAAAGAGAUGAAAGUGGUCACAGAGUCUGAGCUGCGUGAAUUGGUAAAGCGCAUUCAUCAGUGGUAAAAUCACAAGUUUUAAGGUUUUAAUAUAGAUUUUAUCUGAUUUUAUAUAUGUUGUAGCAGAAACUGGUUGUAAUUAA